UGUCAUUGCCACCAGGAGGUGAUAGAGAACAGCAAUCCCCAUCAGGCUGCAGAUUGCUGUCAUUACCACCACGAGGCGCUGGAGAGCAGGGAUCCCCGCAAGGCUGCAGAGAGUAGUCAUCAUCCCUAGGGGGUGCUAUAGAGCAGCCAUCCCCAUAAGGCUGUAUAUAGUGGUCAUCACUAACCAGAGGUGACAGAGCAGCGAUCCCCGCAAGGCUGCAGAGAGUAGAUAUCAUCCCUAGGGGGCGCUAGAGAGCAGCGAUCCCUACCUUUGCCAUAUCCAGGAGUGGUGGCCUUCCCCUCCGGUGGCAGCCGUCCAGGGCUGCGUCUUCUGAGAUGGUCCCUGCCGAUGCCAACUCCAGCGCGUCGCCCCCGUCGGAGCUCUGCCCCAACUGCAGCCUGGCGUCGCUGGCAGCGGUGCCCGUGGGCAAAGCCGUGGCUCUGGGCCUGGUGCUGCUGGUGUUCAUGGUGUGUGGCGUGUUGGGCAACGUCCUGGUCAUCCUGUCGGUGGUGUGCCACCGGCACCUGCGCACGGUCACUCACUACUUCAUCGUGAACCUGGCGGUGGCCGACCUGCUCCUGAGCGCCGCCGUGCUGCCCUUCUCGCUGGCCCUCGAGUUGUUUGGGCGCUGGGUGUUCGGACGGCUGCUGUGUAACAUGUGGGCGGUGCUGGACGUGCUGUGCUGCACGGCGUCCAUCCUCAGCCUGUGCGCCAUCUCCGUCGACCGCUUCCUGGCCGUCAGCCGGCCGCUGCAGUACCCGGCGCUGGUGACCGGCCGGCGGGGGCUGGUCACCGUGGCGAUGCUCUGGACGCUGGCGGCCGCCAUCUCGGUGGGGCCGCUGCUGGGCUGGCGCCAGCCGAUGCCCGAGGACGAGUCCGUGUGUCGGGUCAACGAGGACCCGGGCUACGUGCUCUUCUCCGCGCUCGGCUCCUUCUACGUUCCGCUGGCGGUCAUCCUGGUCAUGUACUGCCGCGUGUACGUGGUUGCCAGGCGACACUCCCGUGCCCGCUCUCGCUCGCUGAGGGAUGGCGGAGCGACCUCGCUACGGAUGCACUGCGGGAAUGCUCAGAGCGUGACCAACAAGCAGGACAGAGGAGGAGGAGAUGGAGGAGGAGGAGGAGGAGGAGGAGGAGGGAAGAGCGGCCGGAGAAGCCUCCUCCGUCUGCUGAGGUUCUCGCGGGAACAGCGGGCGGCCAAGACGCUGGGGAUGGUGGUCGGCUGCUUCAUCCUCUGCUGGCUACCCUUCUUCCUGGUGCUGCCCAUUGGCUCCAUGUUUCCUUCCUACCACCCUUCUGAGACGGUCUUCAAGGUGACCUUCUGGCUCGGCUACUUCAAUAGCUGCCUGAACCCCAUCAUCUACCCAUGCACGUGCCAGGAGUUCAAGCGGGCCUUCCUCAGCGUGCUGCGUGCCCAGUGCCUCCGCAAGGCUGGACAUGCCAGCAGGCAACAUAAGUCCCCCCGGCUCUCCUACUCCUCCGCCACACACCCGCCUCCCUGCUCGACCCCUCCGCCCCAAACCCCCGAGACGCUGCCCGCAGGUGCCCACCGCCACCGCCACCGCCCCCACCCCCGCGCCGAUGACGACGCAGGGCGCCCCUGCUGGCGCGCCUCUGUGCCCCCACUCUGCCUCCCCUCUGAAGGUGUGCUGUUUCGGGGUAAGAGAGAGCCUCUCCGGGCCCUGCUCCCCGACCGGUUCUGCCCCAGCCCCUGCCCCACCGUCCCGCUCCACCAAGACCAGGACCCUUCAGCUCUCCCUGGGCAAGAGUGUGGGUCAGGCUCUCUGACCGCCUACAAGCAGGAACACUGA